AUGUCUAUGUAUUCAGUGAUUAUGAACAAUAUAAAAAUGACUCUAAAUCCGAAAGACGUGAUUAUUAGUAUCGACAGACCUAAAAUACUGUUGUUAAAGAAACAUAUAGACUACUUGGCUAAAUAUGGAACAGAUCAGGACGAUUAUGAGUACAAUAUGACUGAGUACCUUCGGAUGUCUGGCAUCUACUGGAGCUUGACGGCGAUGGAGCUAAUGGGAGCCUCUGAUAGGAUGCCAAAGGAUGACAUAAUAAGCUUCAUCUCAACAUGCCAGAACAAGGAGUCGGGUGGCAUCUCAGCAUGCUUCCCACAUGACCCACACAUUCUGUACACUCUGAGUGCUAUACAGGUCUUGACCAUGUACAACCGGCUGGAUGCCAUAGAUGUUGAGGGUGUGGUCAAGUUUGUGGCUUCGCUACAACAACCUGACGGGAGCUUCUAUGGUGAUAUCUGGGGCGAGCAAGAUACGAGGUUCACAUUCUGUGCUGUGAUGUGCCUCUCACUCCUGCAUCGACUGGAUGCUAUCAAUGUUGACAAGGCGGUUGAGUUUGUGCUAAGCUGCAUGAACUUUGACGGAGGGUUUGGAUCCAAACCUGGAUCUGAAAGUCAUGCUGGGCUCAUCUACUGCUGUGUUGGCACUCUCUCCAUCUGCAAGAGGCUGGACGCACUCAAAGUGGAUGCUUUGGCUUGGUGGCUUUGUGAACGUCAACUGCCCAGCGGUGGCCUGAAUGGCAGGCCUGAAAAACUACCUGACUUGUGCUAUUCAUGGUGGGUUAUAUCAUCCCUAAAAAUCUUGAACAAGAUGCGCUGGGUGGACAAAGAGAGACUGGAGCAGUUCAUAAUGGCGUGCCAGGACCCAGACACUGGCGGAUUCAGUGACCGACCAGGAGACAUUACAGACCCAUUCCACACACUCUUCGGUGUAGCCAGUCUCUCAUUACUCGGCAAUAGUAAGAUCAAACCAGUCAACCCCGUUUACUGUAUGCCACAAGAAACCAUUGAUAGGCUGAAAUUAAAACCACAAAUGUUAUAA